AUGGCUGUUGAUUCACAGUUGGUGUUUAAGAGACGCAGAGCCCGAAUUGUCAUCACUCUGUCGACCUGGGCUCUCAUAGUCAUCAGUGGAGCUGUUGCGUCGACUGCUGCCGUUCUUGAUCGCUUCGAUUUUCCACCGUUUCAUCCACCGUUGACGGGAUCAGAUGUAAAGAUGGAGAAUCAACAGCAACCAUCUACAACCUCUCUUUGCCGGAACGGUUGCGGAUUUUUUGGAUCACAGGCGAAUGAAGGUCUGUGUUCGAAGUGCUUCAAGGAUUCGAUAAAACGCAAUCAGGACACUGCCAGGUUAUCCCCUACGGUUCCCAUGCCCAUGGCUGCAUCUUCUUCUACUUUGAUGUCUGAUUGCCCAAUGUCUGAGCCUCCUGCCCAGACUUGUGCCCAAGCAGCUCAUGCUGCAAGCGACGUCACUGCCAAGUUGGAGAGCGCAGAGGCAAUUGCUGCUGCUAGCCAAUCAGAAUCCAGUUCUGCGGUUGUUGCUGAAUCCACAGCUGUUUCUGUCGAAGCCCCGGUUCCUGUAAAGAAAGCCAAUCGUUGCCAUGUCUGUAAGAAAAGGGUCGGCCUUACUGGUUUUACAUGUCGUUGCGGUGGACUUUAUUGUGGUGAUCAUCCUCCAACUACCCCUUUCAUUUUCAUUUGUCCUCCUCCUCGUUGCGAUUCGACACUCAGUUCAGUUGAUCCGUCGACUCGUGACUCAUCAACACUCAGUCAUUAUACCCGAUUCUCUCUGUAA